GUACGUACGUCGUGUCUCCACCCCCCGCCCCGGUAACCGGGGAAGCGGCGGCCGGCGGUUGCGAGGCCUGAGGGGUAGAUUGGGGGCAUCAUGAAUUGGAAUAAAGGUGGACCUGGUACUAAAAGAGGCUUUGGUUUUGGUGGAUUUGCCAUAACACCUGGAAAGAAAGAGGAACCUAAGCUCUCUCAACAGUCUCACAGUGCUUUUGGAACAGCUGGUUCUUCUGCUGCAUUUGCAAAAUCAGGACCUCCACAGCUGCCUUCUUUCUAUAAAAUUGGGUCAAAGCGAGCAAAUUUUGAUGAAGAGAAUGCAUACUUUGAGGAUGAAGAGGAAGAUUCUAGCAAUGUCGAACUGCCAUACAUUCCCGCAGAGAAUUCCCCUACUCGCCAGCAGUUUCAUUCCAAAUCGGCAGACUCUGACAGUGAUGAUGAUCCUCUGGAGGCAUUCAUGGCUGAAGUGGAGGAUCAAGCUGCUCGAGACAUGAAGAGACUUGAAGAUAAAGACAAGGAAAAGAAGAAUGUAAAGGGUAUUCGAGAUGACAUUGAAGAGGAAGAUGACCAAGAAGCUUAUUUUCGCUACAUGGCUGAAAACCCCACUGCUGGUGUGGUACAAGAAGAGGAAGAGGAUAACCUUGAGUAUGACAGCGAUGGGAAUCCAAUUGCACCGUCCAAAAAAAUCAUUGAUCCUCUUCCACCUAUCGACCAUUCGGAGAUUGAAUACCCACCAUUUGAGAAAAAUUUCUAUGAUGAGCAUGAAGAGAUCACCAGUCUCACCCCACAGCAAGUGGUAGAGUUACGUCAUAAGCUAAAUCUCCGGGUCUCUGGUGCUGCUCCUCCAAGACCUGGCAGUAGUUUUGCUCAUUUUGGGUUUGAUGAGCAACUUAUGCAUCAAAUUAGGAAAUCUGAGUAUACCCAGCCCACUCCUAUACAAUGUCAGGGUGUUCCAGUUGCACUGAGUGGCAGAGAUAUGAUUGGAAUAGCUAAGACUGGAAGUGGAAAAACAGCAGCCUUCAUCUGGCCAAUGUUGAUUCACAUCAUGGAUCAAAAGGAGCUUGAACCAGGGGAUGGUCCGAUUGCUGUGAUCGUGUGCCCGACCAGAGAGCUUUGCCAACAGAUCCAUUCUGAAUGUAAGCGCUUUGGUAAAGCAUAUAAUCUGCGCUCUGUAGCUGUGUAUGGAGGAGGAAGCAUGUGGGAGCAAGCGAAAGCCCUCCAGGAGGGGGCAGAGAUAGUUGUCUGCACACCAGGUCGUUUGAUUGAUCAUGUGAAAAAGAAAGCUACAAACCUUCAGAGAGUCACUUACCUUGUGUUUGACGAAGCAGACAGAAUGUUUGAUAUGGGUUUUGAAUAUCAGGUCAGGUCAAUUGCAAGCCAUGUACGUCCUGACAGACAGACCCUCUUGUUCAGUGCCACUUUUCGUAAGAAGAUUGAGAAAUUGGCCCGCGAUAUUCUCAUCGACCCAAUUCGAGUUGUCCAGGGAGAUAUUGGAGAGGCAAAUGAAGAUGUUACUCAAAUUGUGGAGAUUUUCCCCUCUGGCCCUAGCAAAUGGAGCUGGCUGACUCGACGCCUCGUGGAGUUCACGUCAUCUGGGAGCGUUCUCCUAUUUGUCACCAAGAAGGCAAAUGCAGAAGAGCUGGCCAAUAACCUCAAGCAGGAGGAUCAUAAUCUAGGGCUGCUUCAUGGUGACAUGGAUCAGAGUGAGAGGAAUAAAGUCAUCUCAGAAUUUAAGAAAAAGGGAAUCCCAAUACUGGUAGCAACUGAUGUGGCAGCUCGUGGGUUGGACAUUCCCUCCAUUAAGACUGUGAUCAAUUACGAUGUGGCACGGGACAUUGAUACGCACACCCACAGAAUUGGUCGUACUGGCAGAGCAGGCGAGAAGGGAGUAGCCUACACUCUGCUGACUCCUAAAGAUAGUAACUUUGCUGGUGAUCUUGUCAGAAAUUUGGAAGGAGCUAAUCAACAUGUUUCCAAAGAGCUGUUGGAUCUUGCAAUGCAGAACCCAUGGUUCCGGAAAUCCCGCUUCAAAGGAGGAAAAGGCAAGAAGCUGAAUAUUGGGGGUGGUGGCUUAGGAUACCGUGAACGUCCCGGUCUGGGAUCAGAAAGUUCUGACCGUGGAAACAACAGCAGUGUGAUGAGUAACUAUGAGGCAUACAAGCCAUCCACUGGGGCAAUGGGAGACAGACUUACAGCAAUGAAAGCAGCUUUUCAGUCCCAGUAUAAAAGCCACUUUGUUGCUGCAAGCCUUAACAAUCAAAAGACUGGUAGCUCUGCUGCUGUUGCUAGUGGCUGGACCAGCGCCGGGAGCUUAAAUUCCGUACCGACGAGUUCAGCACAGCAAAAUGCUGUAGAUCCUGACAGCCCCAUUGCAGCCGCUGCAGCAGCAAAAGGUGUUCCAGGUUUCACCAGCACUGGGAAUCUGAGUAGCGUUCCCACCUUUCCAAGCGUUGGAAUACAGGGCUUCAACAGCACAAAUGCUGGCACCAACAGUCGAGAAGGCAUCGGCUGCAGCAGCACUGGCAUUGCCGGUGUUGGAGGCGGUGGUGGCAGCGGUGGUGUUGGAGGCGGCGGCGGUGGUGGUGUUGGAGGCGGUAGUGGCAGCAACGUUGGUGGUGGCGGUGUUGGUGGCAGCAGCGGUGGUGUCAGAGAACGAUACAACGACAACCGGAAUAAUCGCCACAACGAUGCUCAGCGCCGUGGAGAGGGUGGUGGGCGCUACAAUGAUGUUCAGCGCCACGGAGAGGGAGGUGGUCGCCAUACUGAUGGUUACCGCCAUGGAGACAACCGACACGGGGACAGCCAUCGCCACAGUGAAAACCGGCACCCCCCUGAUGGAAGCAGUGGCAAUCGCAAUAAUGGUGAUAGCAGGAAUAGCAGUGAAGGUAGGAACAACGAGAACAGGAAUGGUGAGAACAAGAAGGAUGGCAACAGCCGAGACAACAAGACAGAUGGUUUUGCUGUCCCUGAGCCUCCAAAACGCAAGAAGAGCCGAUGGGACAGUUAAAAGCUAGUGCUUCACAGCCUGGAAUCCCUGCAGGUAGUGAUGUCAUUUUCCAGAGGAUUUCUUGGGUUUUUUGGUAACUGGUUAUUGAGCAGCUGAGGGAGAAGGAAACCAUGCAAACUCCCUGAGGAAGUCUGGGCCGGUACAUCUGCGGACAGAUUCACUCUAAUGAUGUGUACACACAAUGUUUAGUCAAAGAAAUAAUUUUUAUAAAGCUCCCUGGGUUCUGCUUUUCAACAUUAACUGCUCAAGAGACUCUGCUGGAUUUAAACUGAACUUGUUGACAAAAAAAGAAGCUAUUUGUUUCACAUCCUUGGAACUUUAAGAAACUAUUGUCCAUAGAAGUUUAAAGUUGUCUUUUCUUAAUCAGCGUAUGCAUUUAAAAACCUGUCCAUUUAGAGGUGCUCAGGACCCACCUGUUAAACAUUAACCUUUCAGCAAUUUGUUCAGUACAGUGAAUUUUUCUCCAACGUAUUCUUUCCGUGUAUUCUCUCAUCCCCAGAUAAUUUGGUCUCCAGGUUACUCCCCACUCAAUUAAGAAUAUAUCAAUUUGCGUUGCUGAAGGUGGGAUAGAGCAAGUUGAUUUUUUUUUUCCUUUCCGUUUUUUUUUUUUUUUUCCUUUUGUGAAGCUGUUCAAACAAUCCUUCUCCAUCCCAGCUAACCGUAACGCCGCGUGUAGUGUAGGAUGGACUCCCUGCCUUGUUUGUGGUCAGUACACCAAUCCCAUUGCCCACAUGGCUUUUUCUCCUAAAGACCCUCUUCUCUCCUAAUAACCUUCAUCUUGGCUGGAGCCUGCAUAGCGAACACGUCUCUCUGCUGUGCCUAUUUGCCCUCUGUUAUGAGAGGGCUGAGUGCUUUCUUCAAGUUAAAAACAAAAAAGGGAAAAAACUUCAGAUUUGCCGCAGCAAUCGAAGGCCCUAUGAAAUGAAGCUAAAUGAAGGGACCUACUGCUGAGAAGCCUGUAGGGAGAACAUGAAAAGUGAUUGAUUUGAAGUGGAACAGCUGAAAUAUUGCCCCAUAUUGGACACAUGUAGUUAAAACUGUAAAAUCUUGCUUGACUGUUUUUAACUCGUUGUGUGUAUUAUCCGUUUUUUAACUUUUUUUUUUUUUUUUUUUUUUUGCGCCAUAAAGGUAAGGAAAAACUCUUGUUGAAACAUGCCAGCGCCCACCUCUGUCUUGUUUCUACUAAGAGAAGUAUCAGAAAGUGUCAGGUUUUUGUGACAUUGUGAUAUUUUCUUUAUCAGCUGUGCAUUUACUUUCUGCUUGCUCUAGUAAAUGUUUUAUUACUGGGACAAAA